AUGCCAGUGUCAUCUGUGAACCAUUACCGAGAAGAAUCUCUUCCUUGCCCUGAUCCUGCAUUUGUUCCUGACUCUACUACUUCUCUUCCUUUUACAAACCGUUUUCGUGCGUCUCUGUCCAACACCAACACCACCACCACCACCGGCCCCUCGCCGUCGACUGACACACCUGUAAACCCCUCCUCCACCACCUCCUCAUUCACCGGCUCCGUCGUGGGCUCCAUAUCUCGUCGCAAUCGUCGCUCCUUUGCUGCCUUGGCCCAGAAGACCUCCAGCGCCCUCGCCAGCCUGUCGACGAUAUCAUCAAUCGCGCAGCCUGCCGGAUACCACACGGCCGCCACCUUGCGUUCCUCCAAUUCCUCAGGCAGCUUGUCGAAACUCGCUAAAUCCAGCGUCACGCCCUUGACCCCACCAUUUGAAGGAGACUUUGACCAGCAAUUGCCUGCCUCACGCCCGGCCUCGCCAGAUCCAUCUCUACAAAGACGGCGCCUGACGCUUCAGCGCGUCCCAACUCCUCCGCACGACUUUCGUCCAGUUCCCUCGGGCGCUGCACCCGCCGGCAUUCCCAAGAUGCACCAAACAUCAUCAAGGCUGUUGCGCAUGACUGAAGAUGAGCGCCCAUUUACCAAGGACUUCAUGGACUUGUUCUCCACGUUGAUGGUGAGCUUGAAAUUGGACUCCCAUCGGGUCCGUUUCACCAGAUACGACCACACCUUCACCUCGGAAGAGGCGAUCAACAACUUGGGAUCUCUCAAAUUCUCGCAAUCCAAUCGGAUGCCUGACCCCAAGGAUCCAUCGCGCAUUGUGACUACUACGACCACAACCACUUUCUCCAUGGCCAAGGAGAUGGCCCGCUCUGUUUGCCAGCGUUUCGUGGACGCCCGGUUCAUUGAGGCGGUCGAUGGAAAGGCCAUGCCAAUUUUCCCGCUCAAGGGCGCCCUGUUCCAGCUCACUCCUAAGGGUAUCAACAUUUUGCAACGUUUCUGCCAACGCAACGGAAUCACCGCUCGCCAUGUGAUGGAUGUGCUCGAGUCACCGCGAAACACCAUGCAAUUGGUUAACCUAGAGCGAGACACCGAGACUGACAAGUUGUCCCACGACCGCGCCACCAUCGAAGUGAUCUUCCGCCGAUUUGCGGGGCAAGACGGACCGAACAUCAAGAGUAGCAUCUCCACGUCAGACUCGGACUCGCUGAGCGACUACUCAAAUGGCAUCAUUGGCGUGAAAAUGGCACGGGAGCGUAAACUGCAGGAUGGCAAGAUUUACACCAAUACGUUCACCGGAAAGGGUGCUGUGGACUGGCUGAUGGACUGCUCGACUACGAUUGAGCGCCGGGAGACAUGCUUGAUCGCCGAACUGUUCCUCAAAUAUGGCCUGAUCACGAUGAUUCAAGACGACAAGUCUUAUCCCGACUCUAACGCGCUGUUUCAACCGUCCAAGUACGCCAUCUACUGCAUCACCGAGCGCGGACAACGCGUAUGUGGGUGGCUCGCCCGCGACAAGCCCCGUGAUCUUGCCGCUGCUGCUUACGACAGCCGCGGCAUGCCCAAAGACUCCAACAACGCUCGUCUGACCCACAUUCUCCACGACCCCGCCCUUCGAUUGCUGUUCCGCGAGUUCCUGCGCUACUCCCUGUGCGAGGAAAAUCUCUCUUUCUAUCUUGAUGUCUCCGAGUUCACCUCAAACUAUCACAAGGCCGAGAAAGUGGGCACUUUCAACAAGACCGAUGCCGUUCGGGAGACGCUGGCUGCUGCAUAUGGCUUGUACAACGCGUUCCUCGCUCCAGGCUCUCCGUGUGAGCUCAACAUCGACCACGCUUUACGCAAUAGCUUGGCGAGCCGUAUGACCAAGGCUGUGGGUGACGACGAGUCUAUGUUCAAAAGUCUGCAGGAGGUUGUGCAUCUCUUUGAACUCGCCCAGACUUCCGUUUUCAAACUCAUGUCAAGUGACUCGGUGCCCAAAUUCCUCCGUGAUCCCAAGUACUCUGUUGUUCUGCAGGAACACGACGUGGAUAUCUUCGGUGGCUCACGGUCCUACUCUCCGACCCCCGGAGGUCCCGAACGAAGCAUGAGCCGCGGCUGGCUUUGUCGCGCCGCGAAUGCCGACAUUCUACAAAUCCAUGGGCCCAUGUGCCUUCAUACCGACUUCGUCCUCUUCAACAUGUCGGAAAUUUGA